CUUCCCUCGACAGAUGGCUCUUGUGUUCCAUCAUGACCUCUCCUUACGCCUCCCGGUUGCUAAGCGGCGGCUGAAUUGAAAGCGAAUCGGAGGCGCGAAAGGGCUCCGGGCCGGCGGGACUGGAAAAGAAGGAGCUGCCCUCUGGCGUGGCUCUUGGCAUCCGAUAUAGGAAGCCAGCCUCGGACGUUACCAGCUGUGCCUUCUUCUGGAGCAGACAGCCCGGGAGCCACCCCUUGGCUCUGUAACUGCUGGCCCGACUGAAAAUGGGCGCAAAGUCUGACCAGCUCCUCAUUGUGGUCUCUAUCUUGGAAGGGCGUUAUUUCCCAAAACGUCCAAAGCGUAUGCUUGUGGUAGAAGCAAGGUUUGAUGGUGAACAUUUAGCUACAGAUCCUGUAGAACAUACUGAUCAACCAGAAUUUGCCACAGAGUUAGCUUGGGAACUUGAUAGGAAAGCGCUUCACCAACACAGAUUACAACGUACACCCAUCAAGUUGCAGUGUUUUGCUCUGGAUUCUCCAUCUGCACUUAAAGAGACUAUAGGUUAUAUUGUGCUAGAUUUAAGAACAGCUCAAGAAAAAAAGCAGCCACCAAAAUGGUAUCCUUUACUUAGCAACAGAUACACAAAAUUUAAACCUGAAUUACAACUAAGUCUGAUGUUAGAAACUGAUACCAAAGCAUCUGUGGAUGGUUUUAAAGCAAGGGAAGCACCCCCCAGAGAAUUAGCAGUACCUCUUCAGAUUCCUGGAUUGGACCCCAAAAAUCUUGUAGCAGUGCUGAAUGAAGAGGAAGGAUAUCAUCAAAUUGGACCAGCAGAAUAUUGUCGUGACUACUUUGUUUUGUCUGUUACUGUUGCAUUUGCUACACAGUUAGAACAGCUAAUACCUACCACAGUGAAAAUUCCAGAACGACAGCCUGAAUUCUUCUUUUACUAUUCACUGCUGGGUAAUGACGUUACCAAUGAACCAUUUAAUGACCUGAUGAAUCCAAACUUUGAACCAGAAAGGGCAUCUGUUAGAAUACGCAGCAGCAUUGAAGUUCUAAGAGUUUAUUUUUUGGCUCACCCCAAGUUGCAGAUUCAUCUUUGCUGUGGGGACCAAUCUCUUGGAAGUACUGAAAUUCUUUUAACUAGCUUACUAAAGAAAGGAAAUAUGGAAAUUUACCAGCAUCCAGUAGCUAUAGAAGGAGCAUUUAUUCUUAUUCCACCUAAUAGAGCUCGGCAAAAACUGCCACCCAUUCCUAUGGAUAUGGCACCUACUGUUGGGGUAUCGGUAUCACUUCAAAAAGAUGGCAGAGUUUGUCAGCCGAUAGUCCAAUCAGCUACCAAGGCUGAGGCUGAAAAUGUGAAAAAAGGUUUGUCUCCAAAACACGAUAAAGAAAUGAGACCUGAAAAUGGUUCCCAAAAUACCCUACCUCAGGCCCACCAUUCUCCUCCUGCAAAAGAGGAUGCUACAGAAAGUGAAGUGGAAAGUAUUCAAUAUGACAAGAAUCCAAAAUUACAGAAAAAAGCUUUGAAAACCCAACUGCCUGCUUCUCAGACUCAACAUCUCAGUACUUCUGAAUCUACUACAGGACAAAAAAUUGCUGUUCCUGCAGCAUCCCAUCAUUUUUGCUUUUCAGUAGAUUUAAGAACUGUCCAUAAUCUGGAUGCUGGGUUUCCUGUCAAUUGUAUAUUAAGGUAUUCAUAUCCAUUUUUUGGCAGUGCUGCACCCAUUAUGACAAAUCCUCCUGUGGAAGUAAGAAAAAAUGUGGAAGUAUUUCUUCCACAGUCUUACUGUGCAUUUGAUUUUGCAACUAUGCCCCAUCAACUUCAAGAUACCUUUUACAGGUUACCAUUGCUGGUGGAACUGUGGCACAAAGAUAAAACAGCCAAAGACUUGCUUCUAGGAGUUGCAAGACUCCAACUAUCAAAAGUUUUGGCCAUGGAAAAAACACGUUUUCUAGGAAGAAAUGGGGAGCAAUGCUGGCGUCAGACCUUCAGUGAAACUAUUCCUUUUACAGCAGCACAAGGGCCAAGCAACAAGAUUGCAGAUCUUUCAUAUAUAGUGACUCUAGAAGAUUAUGGACUUGUGAAAAUGCAUGAAGUUCUGGUGUCUGAUUCUUCUCAGUGUUUAGGAGCUGAUGAGCUACUAGUAGUUCCUAAAGUACAGCCUGAAGUCCAUACUGAACCACGAGAAACUAUGGAAUAUAAAGCAGCACUUGAACUAGAAAUGUGGAAGGAACUACAAGAAGAUCUUUUUGAAAAUCAGUUGAAGAAGAAGGAGAUGGCUCGUAUGCAGGCACUGGCAGAAGAGUGGAGAAAAAGGGAUAGAGAAAGAGAAGCCUUGGUAAAGAAAAAAGUUGCAGAAUAUACAGUUUUGGAAGAAAAACUUCAAAAAACUUUAACUGACUUAGAGAAACGUGAAAAACAGCUUGUCAAUGCUGAAACUGAGCUCCAGCGAUUAAAGAAGGAGCUCCAAGCAGAGCAUGAACGAAAUCAACAUGAAGUUCAAGAUGUGAUACGACGAGUCAGACAAGAAUGUGCACACCAGAUUGAGCUGGAAAGGGCAAGAAUUAAACAAUUUGAAGAGGACAAGAUCCGUGUAAAGGAACAACUAUAUGAGGCAGAAAACAAGCAUAAGGCUCUGGAGAAAGAAUUUCAGCAAUAUAAGGAGCAACAAAGUAGCAAACCAGAAAUCCGACUACAAUCGGAAAUAAGCAUUCUAACUUUAGAGAAGGGGGAUCUUGAAAGAAAGUUGGAAUCAGCUACUAAGGCAAAGCUACAUUACAAGCAACAAUGGGCACGGGCUUUGAAGGAACUAGCAAGGCUAAAACAGCGUGAGCAAGAGAAUGCUAUGGCCCGCCUUAAAAAGCAGCAACAAGAACUUGAACACAUGAGACUGAGGUACCUUGCAGCAGAAGAGAAAGAAUUAGGGAAGACACAACGGCAAGAGCUAGAGGAUAUCAGAAAUGAACUGAACAGAUUAAAACAAGAAGACGACAAGAAAAGGCCACAAGAUGCCCAAGAGGUGUUGGGAGUCCAACUUCAAAAUUCUCACACGGGGAAAGGAGAGGAGGCUUUGGAUGACUACCUUGCACGUCUGAUAGAGGAGAGGGAUACCUUGUUGAGAACAGGUGUAUAUAAUCAUGAAGAUCACAUUGUAAGUGAGCUUGAUCGUCAAAUCAGUGAGGUGCUUGCAAAAAGAAAUAGAAGCAAGUAGCAGAACUCAGAGAACUGGACAUAAUUUUUUACUUCCAAGAUCCAAGUUUUAGUGAAUGAUAAAUUGAAUCCGAUUUUGAAGGAUUUGUGUGUAUGUUCUUCUUCUGUCUCCCAAGACUUACUGCAGUGUCGGAACAGCCCUACACUGCUCCUGAAGUCUUAAACGCAAAGAACCAUUGACUAUUUAGACCAUUUUAUUAUUUUUUUUACAUAUUUACCUAUUUAUUUUUGUCAGUUGGUGAGUAUUGCAAAAGCUUUUUAUUUAUAGAAGCAUUUCUUGUCAGGAUUUUUGCUUGCUUAUUUUAUUAUAUGCCUGCUUUUUAAAAAAAAUAGAUUUAUAACAAAAUACCAUUUCAAUAAAGCUGCAUUUAGGAAAAUGGCCUACAGUAAUUUGUACUAACUUUUAAGCAAAAUUGAGACUAUAUUGCACCUUGACAUUUUUAAUACUUUUCCUCAUAUGAUAGAUUUUGCUUUAAACAAACUACUAUAAUUACUAUUCAGGUGAUCAGUU